ACCUAAACAAAGAGGAAAAGAGUUCGGAUCUGGAUAGGGUUGUCGGAUCAUUUGCUCAACCCAACGCCUCCUUUUCGUAGAAACAAUAGUCAAAAGCUCGGUGAUACUGAACGGUCGAUUGCUCUCCGUUAUGGUGCCUUCUGCAACUGCUAUUCUUCUCAGGAGGUUCAUCUCCUCGAGCAGACAAGGUAAUCUUCCGUCCCUAUCGUCUUUUUCUACUACAACUCAUCUCUUCCGAUCUCUACAAACCCUAACUUCCAUACCUUCCGAACCCGAAUACAACAAUUUCCUUGGAGAAAACGAAGCAGGAGCUUCCAAGGACGACUACUUCGCUGCCAUCCACCACAUCUCCAACAUCGUUCGCCGCGAUUUCUACUUGGAACGGACCCUCAACAAACUUCAAAUCAAUGUCACAUCCGAACUCGUUUACAGAGUUCUCAGAAGCUGCAGUAAGUCCGGCAUUGAAUCCUUCCGUUUCUUCAACUGGGCUCGGAACCAGCCCCGCUACGAACCGACCUCCAUUGAAUACGAAGAACUUAUCAAAACCCUAGGACGAACCCGUAACUGGGAAACCAUGUGGAAGAUCGCAGAACAGAUGAAAAAGCAAGAACUUGUCCUCACUCCUGAGACCUUCUCGUUGAUUAUCGAGUCCUAUGGCAGGCACGGGCUUGUUGAUCAGGCGGUUGAGGUAUUUAAUCGGAUGAGGAACUUCAAUUGCCCUCAGACCACAGAGGUCUAUAAUUCCUUGCUUUACUCUCUCUGCGAGGUUAAGAAUUUUGAAGGGGCUUAUGCUUUGAUCAGGCGGAUGGUACGGAAGGGAGGCGUUCCUGAUAAGAAGACUUAUGCCAUUCUUGUUAAUGGGUGGUGCUCAGCUGGAAAGCUCAAAGAAGCACAGGAAUUCUUGGAAGAGAUGAGUAGAAAGGGUUUCAAUCCUCCUGUUCGUGGUCGUGAUCUUUUGAUAGAAGGUUUGCUCAAUGCGGGUUAUCUCGAAUCAGCGAAGGGAUUGGUUAGGAAGAUGACUAAAGAAGGGUUUUUGCCGGAUAUAGCGACGUUUAAUGCUCUUUUGCAAGCUAUUUGCAACUCUGGAGAGGUAGAUUUCUCUAUUAAUCUUCUGCAUGAUGUUUGCAGAUUGGGGCUUUGUCCUGAUACUAACACUUACAAGAUCAUGAUACCGGCUGUAUCGAAAGUGGGUAGGAUUGAUGAAGCAUUUAGGCUUCUCAAUUGCUCAAUCGAGGAAGGUCACAAGCCAUUUCCAAGUUUAUAUGCUCCAAUUCUUAAAGCACUUUGCCGGAUAGGUAAAUUUGAUGAUGCAUUUAGCUUUUUCAGUGAUAUGAAGGCCCAGGGUCAUCCACCGAAUCGGCCUGUUUAUACAAUGUUGAUAAAGAUGUGUGGGCGUGGUGGGAGAUUUGUUGAAGCUGCCAAUUAUUUGGUCGAGAUGACUGAAUUAAAUAUGUCCCCCAGGCUGCAGAGCUUCGAUAUGGUUACUGAUGGAUUGAAGAACUGUGGGAAGCAUGACCUGGCUAAGAGGAUUGAGCAGUUAGAGUUAUCUCUUCGUGGGGUUUGACUGAGACUCGGAAAUUUAUAAAUAGAUUUUUCUCAAGAUGGCUGCCAUGCUAUUCUUUCCAUCAUUUGAGUUCAAUGCUGAGGGGAAUACUUACUGGGAAUUUUGAGAUGGCAGCUGCGUGGCAGGAAUGCUGGUGGGUAUAUGUUACAAAUUGGUGUAUUUAAAGGAUGACGGGGAGGCUGACCACAAUCUACAUUGAAGUGCCAAGAGAACACGAGUAAAUAUUCAAGGCCUUAAAUAGAGUGUGAUGGUGGAGCAGGAUUCUGCCUAGCUGACUGCUAGUAGUUGGGAUAAAGCUUAAGCUUGAAUUGGGUUUAAAAAUACAAGUUGCAUUGGACAAUGAUGGCUGGAGAGGCUUGUGAUCUUGAAUACGGUACUGCAUAAAUAAGCUGGCAAGUUUGAACUUAAUGGGCAUCAUUUGAUAUCAAUUGUUUCAAGGGUGCAACAGGUACUGUUUGGAUUGGGAUUCCUUCUUGUUGUCCUCUUGGCUUGGGACGUACCUGUCUCAUUAGAUACUGAAUUGAAACUACCAUAAGAAAUUAUAAGUGGAUGAUUGCUGGUAUGUUAUACAGGGUGCAGCAAGUAUUGUUUGGAUUGGGAUUCCACAUGGACUGAUGACUCUUAUGAUGUAGGCAUGAUAUUAAGUUCAGAAAUCCAUUUGGAAAUGCUGUACAUAAUAUUUUUUGGGUCUAGGUUUUGGGACAUGAAAUUUAAAGCAUUGCCACAAAAAAAAUAUUAAUGAUAAGAAAGAAUGGACAUGAAUACAGCCAA